AUUGAGGUACUCGAGUAAUAAAAUUUUAUGGACGUUCUCAUUACUUCUUACUCAAUGAAAGUUUUUUUUCCUGCGAGUGAUGAUUAAUUUCAAAAUUGCUUGUCGUGGGUAGCUCGAUGCUACUGAAGAAUGAAUUUGUCUUUGAAUUUCGAUAGGCUGUGAAGACGUUAAACUGGUUGAAAAGUUGUACGAAACAUUGGUUUGGAUUGAAAUAGUGUCUUGAUCAAGACCUGCAAAUGGCUGAAAUCACUUCUGAUGUAUUCGAUAUUUUUCAUCCAACUCCGGCUCCCCUGAGAGAGUUAUCAGCGAUCGUCAUUAGCCUCGAAAUAUGUCGCUGUGAAAUAAAUAAACACCGUUCGAGCAAUACAUUGAAAGAGUUUCGUCCAUCUGGUGAACUUAUCUCAUUGAAAACUAUACUGAUACUCGUUCCUGAUUUGCCGUCUGUGAUUUAUCCCAUGAUUGAUAAAUAUGUCAAAAUAUUUGGACAUUCGAUGAAUGGCUGGCUACAGAGCCAUUACAGGAUAGUAUUUCAUUUUCAUUACAACAAUCAGAACUCGGUUUUGGAAUUCUUCGAAGAUUAUGUAUGCGAUUACGACGGAACCAUUCAUUACGAGAGGACUGCCAAACGAAUGAUGCAUUGUGAUCGAUUUGAUGUGCAUCAAAAGUUCCUGAUUGCUUGUACGUAUUGUUUCAAAGACGAUAUCAUACGAAUUUGGGCUGCACUUGGAUUGAAAAAGACGGACUCGCUGUAUGUAAACUAUUCUAAAAAUUCGCAUUUCAAGUACUGGAGUUAUUUUCUCGAAAAUGUUCCCAUGGAAGACGACUUGGUCGAAGAAAUGAUGUUUCGUGACUUCAUGCCUCUCAAUGGGCCAUCUUUGGAAUAUUUUUGGAAUCGUGAUCCACCUGAAAAGUGUUUGCAAAAAGCUAACGAUCUUUUUGUCCGUGAUUUACGAUCGUUUGUUCGAUACAUUCUACCAAAAUUGGACCAUCAGCAGCUCGAUGAAUUUCUCAAGGACAAUGGUUGUGAAUUGAUGCAUGCUCUGUUGAAAAAUUCUAAUUAUGAUGAAGAGUUUAUCUUACGUACGUGGCUAUAUGUUAGAAAUGCAAUGAGCGAGAUUGUUUUUACAAAUCUGGUUAUGAAAAUAUUGAAAUGUGAGCUUAUGGGUGGUUACAUGGGUCCUAAAUCCGAAUCGGACCAGGUGGACCGCGAUUCGGGGAACUUUCUUCAUUUAUGUUGUGAACUAUGGAACAUUGCUCCGGAAAGCUUGAAACGAUCGUUUGUUGAACAAUUUGCAUCAAAUGAGAAAUUACUUGAAAACCUUGCUACGCCAACCAUACUUCCGUCGUUGCCGCCGAGAGAAUUUACAUUCCUAUCGGCUAUUCUUUCAUAUGCCACUUAUGAGGAGAGAAAUGCUUUUUGGCAUGUUGGCUGGCAUCAUUUGAUUUUUAAAACCCAAGAAAAAUAUUUGCAUGAAAUCAUGAAGCUGUGUUUUCAAAACGAAGAUGAGAUUACUGAAUUUAAAAAGAACGUCAUGGCCAAUAACAACAACGUCCGUUGGUUUUGUGAACUAUUCCUGAGACAAACACAUUUUAAAGAAUUGAAUAAUUUUGUAAGCUUUUUACUGCCCGAAAUUCAAGCAGCGAGAAAUUUUAAACAGCAAUUAUUACAGUCUACUUUUCUCGAUGAUCAACAGUGUGAUUUUAAUAAGACGUUCAUCCAGAAAUCGAAAGAAUUCGACGAAUUUAUCAGCGGAGCUUAUAACGAUGUUGAUGUAGCGACGAAUUUUAAAAAUCAACUCGUGUCGUUACCUUUAAACCAAAAACGAAUAUUGGCAUGCGCUUCAUUUGUUCCUAUUGAACAGCUUAUCAAAUUUACCGAGUUAUUUGUUUCGAAUGAAGAAAUCCUGCUGCUGAUAGAAACACGUAUAGUUGAUUUUUCGAAAAAAAGGAACGAUUUUCUUGAAUCUGUAGGUCUUAGUAGGAAUAAGUAAUGAAACUAAUUUAUCUUCACUUCUAUCGUGGUGCUGGGGAAGCGACGAGGAAGUUAUGUUAUUCAAGCUGAAGUACCUACUUGUAAUAGAAGUUCAUUUCAUUGUAUUACUGUCAUCUAUGAAUUUUUUAUAUUUUGUUUAAUACUUAGGUGAUAUUAUUUUUUGGUAUUUUUUGAAAAUUACAUUAUAUUUUUUGCUUCGUGUGAA